AUGCAGUCACUGAAAAGAACACACACAAUUACUCAAGGUUGUGUUUACAGCAAAAUUGCUUCGUCAUAUGCUUUAAUGCUUGCCUUUAACGAUCCAUUCGGAGAUUCUUUAGGCAUUCCUACAAGAGUAGCUACAAUUUUUCCAGAACUUGACAUAUCAAAACUGAAAAUUCGAUUUAAAAUAAACUCAAUCUUGACAGGCAUAUUAAGUGUCAUCAUUCUUGUUCUCUCUAUUGUUGAAAAUGAAUCCUAUUAUUAUAAUGAUUUUAAGUCAACUACGAAUAUAAAUCUUCUCACUCCCCCCUUUAAAUUGGAACAAAAAAUGUUGUUCCAAUUUAAAGAGUUAAGAAAAUUUUUUAUAAAAACAAAAAUUAUAUAAAAAUUAAAAACAAAAUUAUAUAAAAAUUAAAAACAAAAAUUUAUUUCAAAAAUUUAUCGAAUUAGAUUAAUAAAUUUGCUUAAUAAAAUGCUAUUUACUCUUUAUCCUUUAAAAUAAAGCAAGAUAUAAUUAAAUGUUCAUUAUUAAUUAAUACGCCACUAUUUAUAUAAAAAUAGUUAUUUUUAUUGAUAAAAAAAUUAAAAAAAAAUUGUUAAAAAAUUUAUCGAUCAAAGUGCUAAUUUAGCUUAAAUAAGAUAUUAUUUAUACUCUAUUCUUUAAAAUAAAGCAAGAAAUAGCAAAUUUUCAAUUUUUGUAAAGAAUUCGCAUUGAAUUUAUAUCAAAAUUAUUUAAAUAAAAAAUAUUAUUUUUAUCUAAAAAUGUUUUUGAAAAUUUUUAAAAAAAAAUUAAAUUGUUUUAAAAAUUUAGCAAUUAAGGAUAAUAUAUUAUUUUAAAUAAGAGGCUCUUUAUACUCUCUUCUUUUAAAAAAGAGCAAAAUAUAACUAAAAUUUUUAAUUUUAGUUGAGAAGAAACUUUUAACUUAUAUCAAAACUAUUUACAUAAAAAUUAUGAUUUUUAUCAUAAAAUUUUUUAUUAUAAAAUUGAAUUUUGUUUCAAUUUAAAAAGAGUUAAUUUUACCAAAAAAUUGGAAAAUUUACCUAUAUUUUGUUUCAAUUUAAAGGGGGGAGUCAGGGCAAUCAUCAUAGCGCUAAAUGCCUGACUUAUAAGCUUUGUUAUCCAAUAUUACUCGAUAAAACUGCAUCUUUCAAAGGCUUACCGAGAAUGUCAUAUUAAUAGCCAGUUAUGAGAUAUCCCAAUAAGAAACUGAAUGAUAUUUGAAAUAUUCAUUUGUUUUCCUGCCACACCUCCCUAUUUGGAUUGAAGUUUUGAAGUCCACGAAUUGAAUACCUAUGCAUUGCUUUCUAUAGAUGAUAUUAUCCUUGGCAUUUCAUUUAUCAAGCUUUAUUUUGUGUUCAAAAUGAUUUAUGAGACCUCUUAUUACAGCUCGCAAAAAGCUGAAAUUAUAUGGUAACAAUUAUAUAGCAACUUGGAGAACGUGAGAGAUUUUAUGAUUUUUUCGUUAAAAACUCAGUUAAAGACAAAGCCUUAUCAUUCGAUUUGUUUUCUUUUUACUAUUAUUAUGAUAUCAGCGGGAUUUUUGUUGAGAAUUUUUGAGAGGACGUUGGAAGACAGCGAUUUUGGGUUUAUAUGGAAUGGAUUUUCUUUGGUAGGAUUUACAGAGUUAACAGUAGGCUAUGGUGAUGUAGUUCCAGGUACCCAUAUUGGAAGAUUUAUUAUAGUUUUGAUAAAUUUUCUUGGUGUAUUCAUAGUUUCGUCUACUGUGCUAUCUGUAGAACACGAGCUCAUCUUCAGCAGAAAAGAAAUGGAUUUUUAUGAAAAAAAAAUUUACAAUCAUUGUGUGAAGAAAAAAUUGACACCUUACGCUUUGGGAUUAAUUAUAUCAUUUUCGAUCAAUUUCUAAUUUCACAAACAAAUUAUUGAAGGAUCACUUUUAUUAUGGAACGAAUAUAAAAUGAUGGGCAUUAAAGAAAAAAAGAAGAGCUAAAGAGCCUAGAUGACACGAAUUUUUAGUUUUUCAUAUACAGCUUAAAAGAUUUUCAUUGGUGAGGAAGUGUGCACAAGGAGAGAGAAACCAUUCGCUUAUCUCCUCAUUUUAAUAGUGAACAAAAUCUAUAUUUAUUUCCCAAAAAAAAAAUUAGUAAAAAGCACUCGAAUAAAUUAUCACCAAUAAAAAAAAUUCAUUAUAAAUAAGAUGAGCUAGAGAAAAUAUUGUAAAUUUCGAUAAAAAAUAUGCUACGAAUCUACCAAAAUUUUUAAAAUAUCUGCAGCCGUUAAAAAGAAACUUGAAGCCAAUGAAAAAGAUUAUGAAGCAGGAAAUUCAAUUAACCGAAAAAAUUCUAAAAAUGAAAUGAAAUAUUUACAAUUUUCAGAAGCAUACUAUGGGAAAUGCUUUAGAAGUUAAAGUGAGGCGAUCAUCAUUUGAUUUAUCACCAAGCUCUUCUAGAAAUGAAAUUGAUAAAGAGAGUUUAAGGCAUAACCAAACUUUGAAAGUUGAAAGCAGAAAUGAAUCAACAAAAAAGAGAUUCACUAUGAUGGCAGGCUCUAUAAUACAUCCUAUUAUAGCGACAAAAUCCAAUAGAAAACCAUUGGAUUUGAAUGGGGACAUAUCUAAAAAUGAAUACUAUGAUACCAAAGGCACAUAA